CGCGGAGAGCGCCAGUACAUGAAAAACGAUCAAGCGAAUAACUUCGAUAGUGAGAAAGUAAACCGAAACACAUACAACAAAAUGCCUGCAAUUGGUAUUGACUUGGGAACCACCUACUCCUGCGUUGGAGUUUGGCAACAGGGAAAGGUGGAAAUCAUCGCCAACGACCAGGGCAACAGGACGACACCCAGCUAUGUUACCUUCACGGACACGGAGCGCCUCAUCGGCGACGCUGCUAAGAACCAGGUGGCGAUGAACCCCGCUAACACAGUCUUCGACGCCAAGAGGCUUAUCGGCAGAAGGUUCGACGACGAGAAGAUCCAAAACGACAUCAAACACUGGCCCUUCAAAGUCGUCAACGAAGGCGGUAAGCCCAAGAUCGAGGUCGAGUUCCGCGGCGAGAAGAAGAGGUUCAAUCCGGAGGAGAUCAGCUCGAUGGUCCUGACAAAAAUGAAGGAAACAGCCGAAGCGUUUUUGGGCCAGAAGGUGAAAGACGCGGUUGUCACAGUGCCCGCGUACUUUAACGACUCGCAGCGUCAGGCCACCAAAGAUGCUGGAGCGAUCGCCGGUCUCAACGUUCUCAGGAUCAUCAACGAGCCGACAGCCGCGGCGCUCGCCUACGGUCUCGACAAAAAUCUCAAAGGCGAGAAGAACGUUCUCAUCUUCGAUCUUGGCGGAGGUACCUUCGACGUGUCCAUCCUGACCAUCGACGAAGGGUCUCUCUUCGAGGUGAAAGCCACGGCGGGAGACACUCAUCUCGGAGGCGAAGAUUUCGACUCGAGACUUGUUGACCACCUCUGCAAAGAAUUUGAGAGGAAAUACAAGAAGAACAUCAAAUCUAAUCCAAGGGCCCUCCGACGUCUGAGAACAGCGGCAGAACGUGCCAAGCGUACCCUGUCUUCCAGCACGGAGGCUUCGAUUGAGAUUGAUGCACUCUUUGAGGGCAUUGAUUUCUACACCAAGGUCUCUAGGGCGCGCUUCGAGGAGCUCUGCGCUGACCUGUUCCGCUCCACUCUCGAACCAGUGGAGAAGGCCUUGGCUGACGCCAAGUUGGAUAAGCGAUCGAUCCAUGACGUCGUCCUCGUAGGAGGUUCAACUCGAAUCCCGAAGAUCCAGUCAAUGCUGCAGAACUUCUUCUGUGGCAAGCAGUUGAACUUGUCCAUCAAUCCCGACGAGGCAGUCGCCUACGGCGCAGCAGUGCAAGCAGCUAUUCUGACCGGCGAGGGCGGCAAGAACUCAACCCUCCAAGACGUUCUGCUGGUAGACGUUGCACCUCUGUCCCUCGGCAUCGAGACCGCCGGAGGAGUCAUGACCAACAUCAUCGAGCGCAACGCCCGCAUUCCAUGCAAACAGUCGCAGACCUUCACUACGUACUCGGAUAACCAACCGGCUGUUACCAUCCAAGUGUUCGAGGGUGAGCGUGCCAUGACCAAGGACAACAACCAUCUUGGUCGCUUCGAACUCAGCGGUAUCGCACCGGCGCCCCGUGGCGUGCCAAAGAUCGAUGUCACCUUCGACAUGGAUGCCAACGGUAUCCUGCACGUCACUGCCAAAGACACUGCCAGCGGUCGCAGCAACAACAUUCGCAUCACCAACGACAAGGGACGCCUGUCGCGGGAGGAAAUCGACAGGAUGCUGGCAGACGCCGAGCGAUACCGCUCGCAGGACGCAGAGCAGCGCGAGAAGGUCUCUGCCCGCAACCAGAUCGAGAGCUACGUGUUCUCGGUUAAACAAGCAGUCCAGGACAGCGGCGACAAACUCACGCAAUCCGACAAGGAUAGCGUGCUGAGCUUGUGCGACGAGACCAUCCGCUGGCUCGACAACAACACCUUGGCCGAGAAGGAUGAGUACAAACACAAACUGGAGGACCUGCAGAAACAGUGUGCGCCGAUCAUGACCAAGAUCCACACCGGAGGUGCAUCUGGACCCCAGGAUUGCGGGAAUCAAUUCAGACAGGGUGAAGGGAGUAAUAACUACUCCGGUCCAACAGUUGAAGAAGUUGAUUAAGCCAAUGACAUCAAGGCUGAAGAAAAUAGCUUUGCCGAAGUUGAACAUCCCAAAGCAGUUUAAGAAAAAGUGAUAGGUUGCUGGAGUAGCUGCAUUACCAAGUUUUUUCCUAAGAGACUGAUAAUUUAUUAAAAAAUGACUGUUAAUAAGUUUUCAUGUCAGGGCUUAUUGUUCUGGUCUUCCUACUGGGGGCAAAAACAGUAAGUCCUGUAAUCAGUUUUAUUAACUUUCUGUAAAAUUGUCAGUUUGAUUUUAUUACAGAUGGAUUAUAAAACUGGUUCUGUAAAUUUUGUGUGAUACUUGUUAGAUAGAUAAAUAAAUUUUUCAUUUUUUAUAUAAAA